GCGGCCCCGCCCCGGCCCGCCCCCGGCCCGGCAGCGCGCACACCGCGCCCGGCGAGGUCCGGCGGCCCCUCCGCGGCCAUGCGGCUCCUCGGCGCUGCUUCUUGUGCUCUGUGGGUGCUGCUGCUGCUCGCCCGCGGCUCCUGUAAUGAAGAUGUGAACAGCACUAAAGAUGUGAACAGCACUACUCCAAUUCCAGGCAGUGGGUUGCCAGACAAUAGCAGUUUGCCCAUUGUCAAUGCAUCAUCCACACAAUCUACAGCAACAUCUACAGGAGGUGUGCCCACCAGUACUACUCAUCUGACCAGUACCAGUACCAGUCAGCCCAACACCAGCACCACAUCUGUGAUCUUGACAACUCAGCCCUCCAAAACCAGCCAGAGAGUAACACCCACCACAGCUUCACCAGUCACAUCACCACAAGCCAAUAUUACAGUGGUGACCCCUUCUAAGACUGCCUCCACUUCUGUAACAGCCACAUCAAAAUCAGAGGCUGUCGUAGUCAAAACCUCCAGAUUUGAUGUGGGCAGUUUUGUAGGUGGCAUUGUGCUGACUCUUGGAGUCCUGGUCAUUCUCUACAUUGGAUGCAAAACUUACCACUCUAGAAGAGGCAUUCAGUACAGAACCAUUGAUGAACAUGAUGCCAUAAUUUAAAGAAGACUUCAGAGAAGACAGUGUUGGAAACACACUGUCACAGCUGUUGAAACUUCUGAAAGAGUUUUUCAUAAAGAUGUUCACAGUCUCUAAACCUGUCUUGGGUGUUAUCCUGCAAAAUGUUGAGAAGCUUUUUAAAUAUCCUGAUUUUUUACAUUGGCUCUUGCAAGAGGAACUCAGUACUUUGUAGAACAGUAUUUUCUUUUUCCAGUACUUGUAACCAUAUUUAGAGAAAAUCACAUAAAGUCAUUUUAAGGUACACACACAGCUCUCAGAAAUAGCUAAUCAUUAGCACCAGCAAUUUCAUCAAUGCAAUUCUAAGUAAGUUCAGGGGUUUUUUUCUAAAAUUUUGUAUUAAACUGUAUUUAUUUUGAAGUUUGAUGUGAACUUCAGUUUAAAAUUUAGUUUUGGUUUUUGAACAACUCAGUUAAUUUUAAUAGGCUUCAAAAGUGUGGUUAGAUAACUGUGUAGAAGGUGAUAAUGAGUACUCUAAAUGUCAGUCAUUAGCUCACCAGUGAGCUGCAGAUGCUUUCCUUAAUAGACUGUAUAAGGAGAGUAGCUGCAGGAAACAUGGACAGAACGGAAGUAUCCAUCCAUAACCCUUUUCUCUAAAAGCUUCUUUCUUUCUAGCAUGUCCUAAUGAAGCUUGUGCAAUUGAAGAUUUAAUACAAUGGAAAAAAGUAAUUUUGCCAUUAUAAAUGUUAAAAAAUUCUAAAAUUGGUUUUUAAGCUGAAGGUAGCAAUCACUUGGCUCUUGGUUUUUAUUAUUUCAAAGCUGUCUUCAGCGUCUUAGCAGCAUUUGAUAGUCAUUCAAAGUUAUUUAGAGAAGGGAAAACCUGUAAGACAGCAUUUUAGCAGGCUAUAAACUGCAUUUACACAGCAGUUUUCAGAAUUUGAUCCUGCUGCACAGAUGUGCAGAGGUCUGGUCAAAAGCCCAGCUGAAGGCGCUGUGGCAUCUUCUCAGCACACCUUUAGCUGAAGGCUCAAAUACUCUGGGGGUCCUGUGCAGGAUGGCUGGUGCUGUUCCCAUGUCACUUCUGCAGGUGCACUCAGGUAAAUCUGCUGACUUCAGUGGAUGGGCUCUUGACUUACACUGCUGCAAGGAAAACUAGAACAAGGAUCAGGAAACACAGGCCUGCACCUCUUUAAGGCACUGAAUGAUUGUUCAGUCGUGCUCAGGCUUCAGUUGUAGACCUGUCCCCACUGAAGAGCGUUGGUGUGCUGGGUGAUUCUCCUGGUUACUGCUGGCACCUGUCCCUCAUGCUGGGUACAGGGGAGAUGGUGACAGGUGAGGAAAGUCACAGUGGGAGCUGCACAUAGGUCUGUUGGGGGCUGGGGAACAGCUCAUCAGGGAAAAUGUAACUUCUCUGGAACAGAUUACUUUUUUACGCAAUAGUUUAUUCCAACAUGCAAUGUUAAAGUGGCCUUAUGGGGUUUUUCCUUUUUUCACAUGGAAUAGUAAAACUGUUUCCAAGGCACAGCCAACUCCAGCAAACCAAGGCUGAUGAGUCAUUUUAUUAGCUACCCACCUGAAAAGGUGAUAACAGGGCUGUUUUGUUUUUUACUGUGUUUGAGGGGAGAGAGUGUCAGGGGGAGAGAAAGUGAUUUGAAGUAACUUUUGUAUUUUUUCUUAUUUGUAUUGUUUGGUGGAAUAUUACUGGUUUUGACUUGAAGAAAGUUAUGGAAACAAUUCUUUAAUAGAACUGUAAUUCCUGACUUUGUAGAAAUUAAGAUAGUUAAGUGCAACUCCAUUACUGGGAUUGUCUCACCUCUGCUGUACAGACAAAUAAAAUUAAAUCUUUGGAGUUACUAUAUUAA